GCUCACUGCUCAGAGCCUGUUGAUGGAUUCUCGCACUCAUUAAACGAGUAUUAUUACCCACCUGUAAAGGCUUGUGAUUGAGGUGCCAUCCUUGAAAACGUUAAAACACAGGCCAGGUCUGUUCCAUGGCAUUCGUCCAUUUGUCUUCAAUCCGGCAAGAUUCUCCAUCUGGUGCUGGCUAUUAUUAUCACAUAUUCAAAACUCCGAGUCAUUGUCAUUCAGAUAACAUGCACCGUUGAGUUCAUGCAAAGAUGUGUACUACCCUAUGUGUUGCAACAGAUGGCUAUCUGGUCUAGUUCAGACUUGCGUCUAUGAAUCUUGAUGGAAGGGAAACCCCAUUAUUAGCUGUACUCCUUGUCUUUUGGUCCUUUCUCGGCUGUUCCGUCUCCGUUCCUAUUCAUAGCCCACUCGCUUGCCACCGUGGACGCAAUACAACCUCAGGUCAGACUGAGGCCAUUGCUUUUGGAAAACCGAGGUUGCACGUAUUGCAUAGAAUUGGAAUACCAUGUAGAAUAUUCCAGACAAAAGAAGAUUCCAUCCACAUGGCAAAGAUUAUUGAGAAAAAGACUUGGGUUGGUGUAGAUUUUGGAGAGCACCAGGAGAAAUACGGCCUGCCCACUCAGGAUCAUGUUAGGUACCUAGUAAAUGCCCAACGUUCCCAAGCCAUCAUUUCUGAUUGUUUGAGCCAUUGCGCUUAUCAGCUACGGCCUGAUUCCCCGCAGAAUGGCCUUGGAGGUACGGAGUAGAGAAUAUCUUGUGGUUGUUAAUUGGCUAGCGUACAGUAGGUGGUUCUCCCAAGAGUGCUCUUGUCAUCACGGAUGAGAUGGAUUUCGACAGAGCACAGAGCACCCCGAUCUAUCUUCCUCAGCCACUCAGAGGCUCUCAAACCACAGCCUAGCCUACUACGUAGACAGGUGUGGCAUUGGCCUAACAUUACCUACCUAGACAAGAAACUAGACUAUCCACCGCCAACAUCAGUUUCAGCUCUAUUACAUUGGCUGUGCUGGUAUCUCAUUUCCCAUACCUCAACACUCCUCUGGAUCUCUGUGAUUUCCCGACCGCUGUGUUCAGAAUUGGAAACCCUCUGCAAAGACACAAUUCAAACCUCGCUCCGUAUCUCUAAGUCUUCCUCCAAAGACAAAAUGUCAACUGAGCAACGCCCAACUGGCGAUGCCCUCAUUACCUCCGAGGACCCGAACCACCCUGCAAACCUGAUCCCUUCGCUAUGCGCAAAGUUCUGGACUCUGGGCUGGGUUACGGGAACAGGAGGCGGUUGCUCCAUUCGAGAUGAUGAUCUCGUAUACAUUGCGCCCUCGGGCGUUCAAAAAGAACUCAUGAAGAACACCGACAUCUACGUCAUGGCUCUUUCUGAGCAAGAUCCUAACCACAAUAAGCUCAACCAGCGCACCUAUCUGCGAUCUCCUCCCUGCUAUAAGCCUUCUCAGUGCACCCCAUUGUUCCUUGCUGCUUUCACCCGCCGAGGGGCUGGCUGUUGUAUACAUACUCACUCUCAAUGGGCUGUCCUUGUGACCCUCCUGUUAGAAUCCCAAGGCCCCGGAAAAGACCGAGUUUUCGAGAUCAACAACAUUGAGCAAAUCAAGGGCUUUGGCCGCGGCAUGAACAAGACAGGCAACCUGGGCUAUCAUGACACCCUUCGCAUUCCAGUUAUCGAGAACACUCCUCAUGAGGAGGACUUGACUGAGUAUCUCGAAGAAGCGAUGGAUAAGUAUCCCGACACAUACGCUGUUCUCGUCCGUCGUCACGGUGUCUAUGUCUGGGGUGAUAACGUUCAUAAGGCCAAGACUCAAUGUGAGAGUCUCGAUUACCUGUUCCAGCUUGCCGUUGAGAUGAAGAAGCUUGGCCUUCCUUGGAUCAGCGAAGUCGAGCAGAUUGCUCCCCAGCGAACAUAGUCGGAAAAGCAGUCAGAGUUGCCUACAAACCCCAGCACCUUGGUUUAUGCUCUUGAUGAACGGGUUUGCUUAUCAGGUAGUUAGCCUCAAAGCCAAAUGAGGCACGGCGUUAUGUGAGAUGAUGGCUCAAAGAAAUUCAAGGAUAGUCGAUAGAUGAAUGUGGUCGAUGACAUGAUGAUGACCAAGGGACGGAAAACCUCUUUGGAAGAGUAGAGUAUGCCACCGUUGCGGAUCGUUCUUUUGGCGAGUUUUUUCGACGGGCAUCAUAUGUUCCAAAAUCAGUUUACAGUUCAACCUGAUGAACCGAACACAACUGACAAGACUCGCUUCAUAGUUAUGAACAUAAUGCUUCAACAUAUGCGGGACGUUGUUGUUACAAAAUUAAUAAGUAUCCAACUUAUAACUCGUCUCUAGGGCGUUGCUGCUCAACAAUACCAGGCUCCUCCCACAUCCUCUUCUUGGGAUUACCGA